GACCAACACAUGCGGCCACUAUUCAUGCCCCGUCAGCCGGAAUGGAUGCGCUCACCCGUCUCCGCCUGCUCUCCGCCGUCGUCGCCGCGCUGGCUGUGCUACCCGGGUGUUUCCCCUCCCCGCCGCUAGCGCGCGCGCAACCGUGGGCGAAGUCGCAGCUGCCGUUUCUGGCGGAGUGCCAGGCGGCGUGGAAGCGCAGCUUGAGCGGAUGGGACGCGACUUCGAACUGCAGCGAGGCAGCCUUCGUGAAAUGCGACAAGGACGGCAUGCUCACCAGCAUGGCCCUCUUGUCCCAGUCACUCACAGGCUUCCUCCCGGCGUCAGUAGGCGCUGCCACGCGCCUCUCGCACCUGGAGCUGUACAACAACAUGCUGAGAGAUUCCAUUCCGGACACGAUAGGCAGCCUCCUCUCGCUGCAAUACCUUGAUCUCUCAGCCAACAACCUGACAGGAGGCAUACCUUCCUCCAUCGGAAACCUCGCCUCCCUCACUUACUUCUCGGUGUCUCAGAACCGACUGGAUGGCAAUGUGCCCAGCACCAUCUCCCGCCUCACCAAGCUGCAGCAGCUGAGUGUGUUCAACAACUCGUUCUCGGGUGCCAUUCCCCCGGCCAUCUACGGGCUAACCAGCCUCACAGUGCUCGAGGUGGGCCGCAACUACUUUGCAGGCUCCUUCCCCUCGCAGUUCGGCGACCUCGUCAACCUCGUGUACCUGGAGGUGGGCAACAUGGGUCUGAUAGGCGAGCUGAACUCGAACUUGGGCAAGUUGAAGAAUCUCCAAGCGCUGUAUGCGCGUGAGAACUUUUUGCAAGGCAGCAUUCCUGCCAGCCUGGGGCUCCUCACGGCUCUCACCAUCGUUCAGCUGGGCGGCAAUCAGCUCAGGGGGUCCAUCCCUGCCUCCUUCUCCAACCUCGUCAACCUGCAGGGCCUCUACCUGUGGACCAAUCAGCUGAACGGCUCUCUGGAUGUCGUCGCCAAGUGCACUGCCCUGCAGCAGCUAGCGGUUCAGUACAACCAGUUCACAGGGUCUAUUCCCAGUGCCAUUGGCCAGCUCAAGGGACUCAACCACUUUGGAGUGGCGAGCAACAAGCUCUCAGGCCCCAUUCCAACGACUAUCGGCAAUCUCCUCAACCUCACCACCUUCAACGUGUCGCACAACACCCUCACCGGCUACCUGCCCGCCUCCAUGGCCGCCCUCACUAAGCUCGAGAACAUUGAGUUCCUGCAAGACCCCCCAGGCUCGGUGGUGUGUCCGCCGAGCGUGAAGUGGCAGUGCGGACCCCUGAAGGCAGCGGGUGCCGCAAUCCUCGUGCCGUACUGCAUCGCGUGCCCUGACUUCUGUGUCUUCUGCUUCGUGCAGACUCUUCCACCUUUCUUCAAGCUCCCUCCGCCAUCGCCACCAGUCAGCCCCCCGCCGGCAUCCCCACCACCACUGCCACCACCGCCACCCAUCUCUCCCCCACCUCCCGCUCCUCCCCUCUCACCUCCCCCCCAUCCGCCAUCUCCCUCCCCCCCUCCCCCUUCUCCCCCUUCUCCCCCUCCCACCGCACCGCCCUUUUCUCCGUCAUCCCCUUCCAGCCCCCCCCCUCCGCCCUCCUCCUCGGGGCUGUCAGUGGGGGCCAUUGCUGGCAUUUCAGUGGCGGGCGUUGCCCUGCUCGCCGUGCUGCUGCUGCUGCCUCUGCUGCUCUUCUGCAGGCCAAGACCGAAGCCGCAGCCGCCAAUUAAUGCCGCCGCGGCUGCUGCUGCUGCGGCAGCUGCUGCGGCUGGUGGUGGUGCAUCAGGUUCCACAAGUGGCUCCAAGGACCCCUCGGGGUCCGGCCAAGCGCUGGUGGUGGCAGGAGGGGGCGUAGGGGGCCCGGCGCUGUGCCGGCAGUACCGGCUGGAGGUGCUGGCGGCGGCGACGGGCACGUGGGCCGAGGCCAACAAGAUCGGCAGCGGGGGGUUCGGGGAUGUGUACCGCGCUCACGACCCUGCCGACCCGUCCAUGCUGUGGGCUGUCAAGCGCGCUAAAGUGCUCACCAAUGACUUUCGCCGGGAGGUGAACGAGAUGGCGUCGAAGCACCACCCGCACCUGGUGCGCCUGCUGGGGUUCUGCAUUGACGUGAAUGAAGCCACGGAGCAGACGGAGCAGAUCCUCAUCUACGAGUUCAUGCCUAAUGGCGACCUCGAGAGGUGGCUGGGGCCAGGUGCGGCGCGGCCGCUGUCGCUGGUGCAGCGAGUGGACGUGAUGAUCGGCAUGGCGGAGGGGCUGCAGUACCUGCACAGCUUCGGCAUCGUGCACCGCGACAUCAAGCCCGCCAACAUCCUGCUGGACAGCAACUUGCAGGCAAAGGUUGCAGACUUUGGGCUGGUGAGGAUGGGCGAAGGCACCACGGUGGGAGCCACUCGAGUGAUGGGCACACCGGGCUAUGUGGACCCCGCUUACUACAAGUCACAGAAGGCCACCCCCUUGGCUGAUGUGCACAGCUUUGGUGUUGUGAUGCUGACUAUCUUAACGGCGCGCAAGGCCGUCUACAACACUGAAGACAGCCAGAUCAACCUCAAGCAAUGGGUGGCGCCAUUUGUUGCGGCCAACGACGGAGUGACAUUCAAGGACCCGGCAUUGGAUGCCCCGGCGGACAUCAUCCUGCGGCUGGCCCGCCUCGCGCUGAGCUGCACGGCCAUGCCGACGGCAUCGCGCCCCAACAUGAUCAAAGUGCUGGCGGAGCUCGAAGGCAUCCGGGAGGAGGCCAGCGGCAUGGCGGGCGACAAGAUGGCCCGGAGGAUCGACAGGGAGAUCGAUGAGACGCGGGGGCAUGACAUCGAGGAGGAGGUGGCCAACGCAAUUAGGAUCGGGUCGAGCAGUCGGGGGGAAGGGAUGAGUGAGUGAGUGAUUAGUGUGGUCCAGGCAAUCAGAAUCAGGUCAAGUAGAAAGAAUAGGGUCACGGGCAGGGCCUCAGAUAUCAGGAUGUUUUAUCCUGAAUUCCUGAUUUUCAGGAUGAGUAUGAGGUGCCAGACCUGAAAAAUCCGGUUAAAUGAAUUUCUGACCCUGUAAAUUCAGUAUGAAUAUCAUAUGACAACCCUGACAACUCA